AAACAUACCAAAGGUUAAAGUGCACAUUUACGGUAGUUUUCAGACAGAAUCUGUUAUAUAUCUGUUUGUAAGUCAGAGGGUGUACAUUCAGGUUGAUUGACUAUGGCGUCAGAGGAGACAGGUGUGCCUUUGGACUCAGCUGAGAACCUGGAGAACAGGAGAGCACAGGAGCAUCGAGCUACAGAGGGGCCAAAGACAGAGGUCCCAGCCAGUCCCAGCCAAGAUGGACUUCAGGUGACGGCAGGCCAGGAGGAGGGAGCAGGUGUCUGUCAGUUCUUCCUGUUGGGAAAGUGUCGUUUUGGAAACAGGUGUCGUCGAUCUCACAGCACUCCAACAUUAGACGACCCAGAGGCUGUUAUAGACCAGGAAAACAGGAAGGAGGGAGAAAAAGAGGGAAAACUCAAGAAGAAAGCAAUAGGGAAUAAAACAAACCAGCCAAAAGACACAGAGGGAAAAGGAUCAACCAAGAAGCCCCGCAUGCGUACAGCCGAUGAUGUCAUCUCUCGGAUUCUGUGGGACCCGUCAGUGGAGCCGGCGGACUUUGUGGUGGGGUACGUGGACCGCUUCCUUGGGGUGCUGGAGCGGCCCUUCUCUGAGUUCAACUGGGACACCGACCCCUGCGAUUGUGACUACUCCUCUGAGCUAGCCCUGCCCAGACACAGGAUUCAGUACUUCACCCAUAGAGGGCGUAGAGUCUGGGACCGCAACAACAGGACUGACAGGGUGUUUGGAUCCACUGGACAGUGUCUGGCGCCCCCCUUUGGGCAGGAGGAGGAGCAGGGGACAGGGACACAAGAUGUUGAACAACAAGACCAAAAAAACGACCACCGUGAAUCAAGAGAAGAACAAGAUGGCGUCAUCACUACAGAGGAGGGAGAAGAAUCCCUGAUAAAACAGGAUGUUGAAAACGGACACUUGGAAGAAAGAAAUCAGAGCAAGACAAGUAUUCAGAUGCCUGAGUCGACCAGACCAGGCACAGGAAGUACUCCACUGAACCAACAGGAAGAAGGAAGAGAAUCAGAACCCUCGGAAGAGGAAGUUGGGAAGAAUUCCGUUUUAGUCGUCAUAGCAGACCAGAUGUCUCUAUCCCAGAGAGAAAGCGAGAGCAGGGGGGAGGAAGGUGAGAAGGAGGAAGAAUGGAAAGAUUACUGGGAUGGAGAGAAUGGCCCAGACCUAGCCCAGUGUCCGUCUGUGCCUGUGCCUGUGGAGCAGAGAACAGAGAGGGGUGGAGGCCGGCCUUCCAAACGUAAGCCCACCCACUUCAUCACCUUCCGGGCCAACACUCCCUCCAUCCUCUCCUCCUUCCAGCACCUUCAGGAGGAGCUCACCUCCCUCCUCCCCUCAUCCGCCCCUCAUUGGUUGCACCCCUCCUCCCUCCAUGUCAACCUCUGUCUCCUGGUCCUCUCCGGCCCAGCCGAGGUCAUUGCCGCUGGGGAGAUGCUCCAACGCUUCGCCUACCUGGACCGCAACCCCACUGUGGCCGUCUCCUUACCCCUGAAACUGAAGCACUUUGGUGGGAAGGUUCUCUACCUGAGCCCCCAGCCUCAGCCCCACCUCCAGCAGCUAAAUGCUGGCCUACAGGAGGCCUUCAGAGAGCAGGGCUGGCUGCACAGGGACUCCUUCAACCCACGCUACCAUCUCACCCUGGCCAAGGUGAAGGACCGGGAGGGGGCGAGGGUUUUUGAGGGGGUGGGGGAGCUGAAGGUGGGGAAGGGGGUGAAUUUUGGGCGACUGCCUAUAAAUAGGCUACACCUGUGUAGCAUGGGGAUGACUGGGGAUGGGUUUUAUGAGACACUGUGUUUGGUCAAUCUUCGGUGAGAUGUAGGUGUGUGUUUGUUUAGGUAUGGAGGUGCUAUUUUACAAAGCACAGAACCCACAUUUCCACACCUCACAGUCUCCAUAGUUUUACAUUUAAAGGUGCAAUAUGCAGAAAUCGCUCCACCAUUUCCUGGUUGCUGAAAUUCAAAUAGUUUGCCUAAUUUCAGUUUGUAACCAAACAAGCAAUCAUUCCUGGUUUUGUGUAGAGAAUCAUUGUACCAUCUAAACCGCCGUAAAAUAUAUUUUCAAUAACCAAAAUAUUGUAUUUUCAGCUUUUUGAAGCUGGUGUACAAAACCGGAAGUAAAAGACGCAACAAUGAUUUGUUGUGUCUUUUACUUCCAUCAGGGUAACUGCAUCUCAACCAAUCUUUUCUUACUUUGCGUCUACAUAGAUGAUUUUAUAAUUGUAAUAAGAUUAAUUUAAUAUGAAUAUUUUAAUAUAAUCCAACAGAAACCCACUGAUCGCUGCUACGUUGAUCAUGUAAAAUGUCUGCUUUUACAAAGAAUUAUGACCUUUGGAUUUGAAUUGCCAAGGACAUUAAAUAUUGAACUUGUAA